CCAGAGUUGGGUAGUCCAGUGCUUAAGGGGAUAGAACAACAGGGGUAACUUCGCGUAAAGAUAUAUAAGUGGGAAAUCUUUCCUGGUUCCCCUGAGUCCAGAGUAUUUUGUGGGGAAAGAGAACUGAAUGGCCUUUAGGUGAUUUGGCCAGACCUCUUCUGAUUAGAAUACUUGGGGAAAUCCAUCUGGAUUAGAGACCAAAGAGAACAUGGAGGGACAAAGCCCAGCAGAUGCAGGAGUUGGAGAAGGCCGUCCAGCUACUCAGCCAUGGAGAUAUAGGACUAAUGGGGCAAGUUCUGGGCAGACGAGCCAAGAAGAGGAAGCCAACACUUCAGAGGUCCAAUCCUGUGACUUCAGAAAAGUGCAGUUCCAGGAGGGGAAGAGUCCCCGAGAUGUUUGCAGUCAGCUUCACCGCCUUUGUUGUGAAUGGCUGCAGCCGGAAAGAAACACCAAGGCUCAGAUGCUGGACCUGGUCCUCCUAGAGCAGUUCCUGGCUGUCCUUCCCCCAGAGAUGGAGAAAUGGGUGCGGGAGUGUGGAGCGGAGACCAGUUCCCAGGCCGUGGCCCUGGCUGAAGGCUUCUUGCUGACCCAGGAGGAGGAAAAGAGGCAAGAAGAGUUGCAGAAAUCCUUGGAAGCUAUGAUUGAGUGUCCCAAGGGGAGGGAAGAUUCAUUCAGGUCUUCUCAUGAGCUGCUCUUCAGGGAGACAUCACACAAAGAUCAAAGCCAGGACACCAGUCCAGAGUGUAGAAAGCCUUCCUUGGAAAUUUUAGAAUCUCCUCCUCUUUGUGGUGGGGCUGAAGGAUUGGCUGAACCACUACUUCAGGAUGUCGUGUCUUUUGAGGAAGUGGCUGUGUAUUUCUCUGAGGAGGAGUGGUCUCAGUUGGAUGCUGACCAAAAAGCUCUCCAUGGGGAAGUCAUGCUGGAGAAUACCAGGAAUCUCUCUUCUCUGGGCUUUAAUGAGCAAGAGAAUAAGAAUUGCAACAAGGAAUGCCAAGCUAUCCAUCUGAAAAAGGAAAAGAGGAAAUUUGCAAAUCAGAUGCAAUCAAACAGUGAUGAAACAAAGCAAUCACAAAGUCGAAUUAAAAAAGGCUUUUCUUGGGUCAAUUGCAUUCCUAAAUGUGGAAACAUCGAUAUGGGAGAAAGACCGUAUCAAUGUAUGGAAUCUGGAAAGAGCUUUAAUAAAUCCAAUCAUCUUAUUUCUCAAGAAAAGACACAUUCAGAAAGGAAAUCAUAUACCUGCAGGGUGUGUGGAAAGACCUUCAGUAAUAAUGACUCUCUUAAAACUCACAAAAGGAAUCACAAAGGAGAACAACUUUACAAAUUAAUGGAGUGUGGAAAGAACUUUGUUCAUAAGAGUAAUCUUAAUGCCCACAACAGGAUCGCCACAAGAGAGAAGCCAUAUAAAUGCAUGGAGUGUGGAAAGACAUUUACUUGUACUAGUCGUCUUAAUUCCCAUAAGAGGAUCCACACAGGAGAGAAGCCAUAUAAAUGCAUGGAGUGUGGAAAGACCUUUACUUGUAGCAGUAGUCUUUAUUCCCACAAGAGGGUCCACACUGGAGAGAAGCCUUUUAAAUGCAUGGAGUGUGGAAAGACCUUUAUUUUUAGCAGUAGUCUUAAUUCCCACAACUUGAUCCACACAGGAGACAGGCCUUUUAAAUGCAUGGACUGUGGAAAGACUUUUCCUCGUAUCAGUCGCUUUAAUUCGCACAAGAGGAUCCACACAGGAGAGAGGCCAUAUCAAUGCAUGGAGUGUGGAAAAACCUUUACUAGUAGCAAUACUCUUAAUUCCCACAAGAGGAUCCACACAGGAGAAAAGACCUAUGAAUGCACGGAGUGUGGAAAGACCUUUCCUUAUAACAGUAAUCUUAAUUACCACAAGAGGAUCCACACAGGAGAAAAGCCAUAUCAAUGCAUGGAGUGUGGAAAGACCUUUGCUUAUAGCAGCCAUCUUGAUUACCACAAGAGAAUCCACACAGGAGAAAAUCCAUAUCAAUGCAUGGAAUGUGGAAAGACUUUUACUCGUAACAAUAGUCUUACUUCCCACAAAAGGAUCCACACAGGAGAAAGACCUUAUAAGUGCAUGGAGUGUGGAAAGAGCUAUUAUCAUAGCAGUAGUCUUAAUAAGCACAAGAGGACCCACACAGGAGAGAAACCAUAUCAAUGUAAGGAGUGUGCAAAGAGCUUCUCUUCUUUUGAAUCUUUUCUAAAACAUCAAAGGAAUCACAAAGGAAAAAGACCAUAUAUAUGCAUGGAGUGUGGAAAUAGCUUCAGUUGUAAGGGUAAUCUUAAUACCCACCAAAGGAUCCACACAGGAGAGAAGCCGUAUAAAUGUGUGGAAUGUGGAAAGGCCUUUAAGUGGAAGGCUGGUCUUACCUACCACGAAAAGAUCCACAAAGGAGAGGAACUAUAUCAAUUGUCACUUUCAAAUCCACGUUAAUCUCUUCAAACCAUUGGAGUCUUCAACUGUUUUGGCUAGAAGAAGAUUGGUACUUUGUUUAGUCCAGAUGACUGACAUUGCCUUUCAAGUUCCUAUUGAUAUUUCCUGAGCUGUCUUCCUUACUGAAAAACUGAAAUGAAAUCUUUUUUUUUUUGCCUCAUGGAAUUUGAACUUUAUGUGUACUUCUCAAGAUUUGCCUUCCUGCAUUUUGUAAUUCCACUUUUCCUCCAGUCACCAAUGAGACACUAUUCUCCCAUUCAUCUCUCCAUCAUGGCACCUUGUUUUGAGGUAAAACUUCUAAAACUUCCAUGAGUUUGAGUUUUCUCUCCAUUUUGGAACUUAUUUCUUUUUUAUGCCCAUUUUUCAAGGAAGAUUGUUUCUUUAGGAUUCUUCACAUUUUUGCUGCUGCCACUUGCUAUUUUGAACUGCUGUUAGCUGCCCAGAGUCAUUAAUAUUUUGUAAGUAUUUUUAUUAUACAGUUUUCUUUGUUUCAACUUUGCAACAGUGAUACACAGGCGGUAUAUAUCAACCUUUUUACAUUAUAUAUACUAUUAUGUCUCCUAAUAUACAGUAUCAUGUUCGUAGCUAUUGUUUUAAUAUUUCUAACACAAAUCUCUAUAUAAUUAUCAUUCUAACUAUUUUUUAACAUUUUAUAACAUCCUAUAACAAUAAAUAUUUUAUCUAUUAUUAUACUUAUAUUUAUUUCUAAUUUCUAGUUCGUUAAUCAUUUUUCAUUGUUAAUUUUCUAAUCUUUGCAUCUCUCUCUAACCAGUUGUACCAUAUAUCCCAAAUUAAAUAGUAUUCUGUCUCUCCUUUGUCUUUAAUUCCCAUUGUCCACUUGUCCAUCUCAGCGCAGUGUAAUAUUUUCAUUAUUACCAUUUCCUUAGAGGGUAUAUUUCCAUUUUUCCAAUUUUGAGCAUAUGCAGUCGGUUAUUACAUGUAGCAUUAAGUAUUGGAUUGUUUUAUUAUAUUUCCCUCUCAACAUGCCUAGUAGAAAUAGCUCUGGUUUUAAAUCUGUUUGCUGUUUUACCAUUUCCUCUAGCCACUUUUUUAUCCUUAUCCAGUACUUUUUUACCAAAGGACAGGUCCUCCACAUAUGGUAAUAUGUUCCAUGUUUCUGUUUGCAUUUCCAAUAUUCUGGUGACCUGUUGGGGAACAUUUUUGCUAGUCUUGCUGGCAGUAGGUGCCAUCUAUAGAACAUUUUAUAUAGGUUUUCUCUCUAUGCUGCUGACAUUGUCAAUUUAUAAUUUCUUUCCCACAGUUUUUCCCAAUUGUCUAAUUCUAUCAUAUAGCCAAAAAAAAAUGCCCAGUUUAUCAUAGUUUCCUUUACUGUUUCUUCUUCCAUUUUAAACAUCAAUAAGUACCUAUAGUUGUAAAAAAAAUUAUCAAUUUUUCACCUGUUCCCUGUAAUAUCUUGUCCAAGUCUUGUGGCUCACAAUAAAACCCAUAGUUUUCUGUGUCUUUCUUAUAUCUCAUCUAAAUUUGAAUAUAAGGUUACCGGUCCAAAUCAAUUCCCUGAUUUUUUCAUUCCUGUUUUGUUUUUAACUUCUCUUGUUCAUUUAAUAUACACUAUAUUGCCAAAAGUAUUCGCUCACCCAUCCACAUAAUCAGACUCAUAUGCUUAUAUGCUAACCCUGGGAUAUUUGCACAUUCAAAGAAGUUUUGUUUCACCGUUUUAACUUUUUGUGCCAUUUCCUCUUGUACCAUUAAACUCAAUCUGUGUUUUAUUAAGUCCCUUUUUUCUUUUUUUUUCUUUUUUCCAAGGCUCUUUCUGUAAGUCUAACUCCAGUUUUUUGUGUUCUGUAGUAUAUUUUGCUGUUGUUUCUUUUUCUUAUUUCUCCUUGCCAUGUAUGUUAUUGUUAAUCCUCUAAUAUAUGCUUUUGCCGUAUCCCACACAUUUCGCAAUGUUUCUUCUUUCCUAUUUUCCUUUGUUUUUCCACCAUUUGUACGCAUUCUUUAUCUUUUAGAAUGUUUUGAUUCAUUGUCCAUUUCCGCCUCUCCUUCUGUCCUUUCCAUAUCACUCCCUGCCCCGACACAGCCAGAG